AUGAAGCGAUUGAGGAGUGGCUCAUUGACAUCACCUGUAGGGUCUACUGGUGCGAUGCAGCAUCAGCAACAACAACGGGUGGAGGAGCGAAGCGGUAACGAUCGUGUGGUGGUGAACUCCCCGUACGGCAGCCGCCGUGCUACGUACGGAUGGGGCAAUCCAUUCUCUCCACCACUGCUGGCCACUGUUGCGGGGUACCCCAACAUACACAUCGGUGUCAGCUCGCUCAACGCUGUUCCGGGAAAGGAUAGGCGUAUGAAGACCCUCCUCUCACAGUACAGUAAGAAGUUUAACUGCCUGGAACACUGCUACACAUACCACAAUGUUACCGAUGAAGCGACAUGGAAAAGUUGGGGGGAAAUGUGCCCAUCAUUAUCGCCAUCUUCGCCUGGUCUACAGCGGGGGUCCGUUGGCACAGUGGUGAAGCAGCAGAGCAAUGACGGUAGAAGGAAUAGAACUAAAAUCAGCCAAAAUGGUUUGGGGAAAGUGGAUGACGGUGCUGUCGUUGAUAAUAACAACGAUGAUGAGGAUGCUGAUCAAAAGCACCCGCUAUUCAUCUACACAAUCAAGGCGAAUCAGUAUUUAACGCAUACUCGCAUGCUUGCCAUGGACGGAGACACAGAAGAGCACAUCAUCAACUUCUUCGUGCGCCGCUGCUCUCUACUUGGGCCGCACCUCGGCCCGGUGCUCUUGCAGCUUCCUCCGCAGUUCUGCAAGACUCCUCAAAACAUGGAACGCAUCGAGGCAGUUGCGGCACGUAUUCCCCCAUCAAUCCGCGUUGCGGUGGAGUUUCGCCACUGCUCGUGGUACAAUGCAGAGACGCACGAUCUGUUGCGUCGUGUUGGGUGGGCGCUUGUUGUGGCGCAUCAUCAUGACGAUCCUGCAGGGUCUCUGCACGUCGACACUGGAGUAGGGUUCAUGUACGUUCGCCUGCACGGCGCUCUCGGGCUGCAUGUAGGUGACUACGGGCCGGCGCGGGUGUCGAUGUGGGCGGAGCGCAUCGCCGAGUUCGUCAGCGGGGGAGCCGCAGGGGCGGAGAAGCGGGAGGUUUUCGUCUUCUUCAACAACAGUGACUCCCACGUGGGUGGGACGACGAGUUCGACGGUGGAUGCAACGUUCUUGGCCGAGCGCCUGCGAGCGCUGCUGGUGAAAGAAGAGGCCUCCUGCCAGACGGUUGACAGUACUAGUAUCAGCAGUAGCAAUUGCAAUUGCAGCUGUGUUGCGGAUGUGACUACCAUUAGCGAUUAG